AUGCUGCGAGGGCCCCGGGUCCUGGCUCCGGCUGCUGGGCAGCCCCCAAAGGGGGUGCCCGCGAUGAGCCCCACCGAGCUGUGGCCGCCUGGGCUCAGCAGCCCCCAGCUCUGCCAGGCCACCACCACCUACUACACCGCGCUGUACCCGCAGACAGUGCCUCCCGCAGCGGCGCCGGGCACCUGCCUGGACGCCACUCCCCACGGACCGGAGAGCCAAGCUGUGCGAUGCGUGCCGGCAGGCCGGCUGCCGGCCAAAAGGAAGCUGGACCUAGAGGGGAUCGGGAGGCCUGCAGUCCCUGAAUUCCGAACUCCCAAGGGGAAGUGCAUCAGAAUGGAUGGUCUCCCUAGCCCCAAAACCCCCAAGUCCCCUGGGGAGAAGACUCGGUAUGACACGUCGCUGGGGCUGCUCACCAAGAAGUUCAUUUACCUCCUGAGUGAGUCCGAGGACGGGGUCCUGGACCUGAACUGGGCGGCGGAGGUGCUGGAUGUGCAGAAGCGGCGCAUCUAUGACAUCACCAACGUGCUGGAGGGCAUCCAGCUCAUCCGCAAGAAGUCCAAGAACAACAUCCAGUGGGUAGGCAGGGGACUAUUUGAAGACCCCACGCACCCCGGGAAGCAGCAACAACUGGGGCAGGAGCUGAAGGAGCUGAUGGGCAUGGAGCAGGCCCUGGAUCAGCUCAUUCAGAGCUGCUCCCUGAACUUCAAGCACCUGACUGAGGACAAGGCCAACAAGAGACUGGCCUACGUGACUUACCAGGACAUCCGUGCCAUUGGCAACUUUAAGGAGCAGACGGUGAUUGCUGUCAAGGCCCCUCCACAGACCAGACUGGAAGUGCCCGACAAGCCUGAGGAGAACCUGCAGAUAUAUCUCAAGAGCACCCAAGGGCCCAUUGAAGUCUACCUGUGCCCAGAGGAGGUACAGGAGCCGGACAGUCCUGCCAAGGAGCCCCUCCCCUCCACCUCCGCCCUCAGCCCCAGCCUUGACUCCGCCCAGCCCAGCAGCAGCACCCACCCUGGGAUCUCGGAACCUACAGCAUCCUCAGUGCCAGAGCUGACUCCCCAGCAGGUCCCGCCGCCGCCACUACCACCACCACCACCGCUGCCACCACCGCCGUCCCUUGUCCCCUUGGAGGCCACUGACAGCAUGCUGGAGCUGCCACACCCACUCCUGCAGCAGACUGAGGACCAGUUCCUGUCCCCGACCAUGACAUGCAGCUCCCCUCUGAUCAGCUUCUCCCCGCCCUUGGACCAGGAUGACUACCUGUGGGGCCUGGAUGGGGGCGAGGGCAUCAGCGACCUCUUUGACGCCUACGACCUUGGGGACCUAUUGAUUAACUGA